UUUUUUUGUCAUAUUUAUUGGUUUUUACCUUGUGGGUUCUUUGAAUUUUGCCUUCGGGUGUCAGAAUUCAAGCAUUUUAUUGGUGGGGUUCUUUGUGAAAUAAAGUUUUUAUUAUAUCUUCCUGAUGGAUCAAGUUAAGUUAAUCUCUAAAAUGCAUGAGCUUCAGUUUCUAAUUUAUAGUUUUUUUCUUCUUCUUGAAUUUAGUGGAGGAAAGUAAAAGUUUGAGGAAUUAUUCAAUCUAGAGGAAGCAUGAAGAGCCAUGAAUCAAAGAUCCCAAGAAUGGAGGACAUUCUUAACCUUCCAGUGCAAGAUCCUCCAUGUACAGAGUUUUCUGCUGCUCACAUAAAGUGGGUAAAAGUAGAAGGUGGUCGCCAUGGUGGUGAUGAUAUUGCUUUAAUCCCGUUUGCUAGAGUAGAUGAUUUUGUAAAAGGAGAGUCGUCUAAUGCAGAAUGUCCUGCUAGUUUCCGCAUUGAGUCGAGGAGGAAGAGAUCUGAAGGGAGUAUCAGCAAACCAAGGGUUGAUGGAUAUCUUGAGUAUACGCUGUACUGGUGUUCUUAUGGUCCUGAAGAUUACCGAGAUAGCGAGUCUGGUCUUGGGGAUGUCUCAAACAUGAAACCUGCCACGGGGAAGGGGAGCAGGCCAGGGCGACGCCACAUGAUGAGAGGUUGCCUUUGCCAUUUUACUGUAAAGCGCUUGUACACCCGCCCCUUGCUUGCCCUUAUUAUAUAUAAUCAAAGGAAGCAUGUAGAUAAAACAGGGGCCCCUUGUCAUGGGAUACUUGAUCAGGAUGCGGUGGGGACAAGAGCUAUGUAUGCUCCACGAAUCUCAGAGGAAUUACGCCAGAAGUUGAUAUCUAUGCUUUAUGUUGGAAUAUCUUUGGACAACAUAUUUCAGCAUCACAUGGAUGUGGUCCAAAGGCAUGGGGGCCCGCACAACCGAGAUGAUUUUCUCACACGAAACGAUGUUCGCAACAUUGAAAGAGUUAUUCGUAAUGCAUCACACGAACUUCAUAUUGAUGACGAGUGCAGUGUAAAAGUAUGGGUACAAAGGCAUCAAAAACAUGUUUUUUACUUCCAAGAUGCUUCUGGUUCAGAACCUUUGAUUUUGGGUAUACAGACAGAUUGGCAGCUGCAACAGAUGCUUCGCUAUGGACAUAAUAGUUCAAUAGCCUCUCAUUCUACCUUUGGCUCAAAGAAACUUAAGUAUCCCUUAUCCACUUUACUCGUCUUUGACUCUUCCCAAAAUGCAAUUCCUGUUGCUUGGGUGAUUACCUCUGCUUUGGUUGGUCAAGAUAUUCAUAAAUGGAUAGGUUCCCUUUCUGAAAGAAUCCGGACAAAGGACCCUAGAUGGAGAGUGAAUGCCUUUUUAAUAGAUGAUCCUUCUUUUGGGAUUUCAGUCAUAAGAGAUGCUUUCCAGUGCCGGGUUCUAUUGUGUGUCUGGCAUGUUCGCCGUGCUUGGAUAAGGAGUCUUUUAAGGAAGUGCUGCAACAUUGAUGUGCAGCGAGAGAUGUUUAAGCACUUGGGUUGGAUUUUGUAUUCCUCAAGAAGUGGGCCAAAUGCUAUGGAUGCAGUUGAAGAAUUCUUGGAAAUAUUUGUUGAUCAAUCUGCUUUUAUAGAUUAUUUCAAGAGCCGAUGGUCACCAUACAUAGAAUCAUGGGUUAGUGGCAUAAGGUCCCUUCCUGUUGCUGGUCCAGAGCCCCAUGCUGCCAUUGAAUCCUAUCACCGAAGAUUGAAGUACAAGCUUUUUAAUGAGCAACAUGCUAAUUUCUGGCCUAGAAUUGACUGGUUAAUCCACGCUUUGACUACGGAAUUUCACUCCUUAUAUUGGUUAGAUCAAUACACCAGAGAAACAGGAUACUUUCCUAAUUUUAGAGAUGAAUCUUUCUCAACCAAUGCUUGGUAUCAGGCCCUCCACAUACCAAAUGUCGAUGUCAUAUUGGAUGAGCAGAAUCUCCAGCUUGCAAAGGUCAUCUCCCAAACAGACAGAAACCUGGCUUAUACAAUUUGGAACCCUGGUUCAGAAUUUUCCCUCUGUGAUUGUAACUGGUCAAGUCUGGGAAAUAUCUGUAAGCAUGUCAUCAAGGUGGCAAUGAUAUGUAAAAACCGGCAGGUUGCAAGGCCAUUGUUGUCAGCUCAAAUUUAUAGGCAGACCUUGCUUAGUCUUCUGCAUAAUCCCCCUGAUGAUCCUGUUAUUCUUGAUCAUGCUAUUCUGUGUGCAACUCGCUUGCAACAGGAUAUCAAAGGCUUGGAAGACUUGUCUAACAGUGGGCUACUUCAGCAAUCGCCUCCUGAGAUUAAUUCUCUAGUGGCAGAUAAUACUCUCUUUUUUGCACGUUCUCAUUGAUUACAGCAUCCAAAAAAAGCAAUUGAACACUUUCAGUGAGGCUGUGAAGUUAUAAGUUAUCUUCUGACAAUCUAGCUUCUGAUUGAGGAAGAAUUCAUAUUAUCAUGCUUGGAAAAGCGAACAUGAAGUUUUAAAUUUAUGGCUUUCAAACUCCACCUACUUGAGGUUUUAAGCUGUUCAGCUGCCAAGGCUAUAUUGUGCUCUAUUCUCCUUCCCACAGCAGGUAUUCUUGGGUAUUUUCUCAUCUUUUCUGCUAAAAGUUAACUUUUUCUCUUUUUCUAACCACACUGCAGUGACAUAAAGUGGAGGGUCAUUGGCAAGUUAUUUUAUUUUGGAAAUUUACUGGGACUUACUCAAUGAAAAGCGUAUGAAAACCUUGCAGGUAUGGUUGAGCAGCGUUCUCAAGUUUAAUAUGGCAAACUUGCUUCAUUAAGCAAAAAUUGUCCCAGAAAAAGUAUGCUCUCAGGUGGUCCUGGUUUAUUUUCAUUUUCCUUUUGUAUUUUUUUUUUUUUUUGAAAGGUGGAAUAUCAGCUUUCAUUACUGAGUAGGCUCAAAAAAGAGGAGAAAAUUUAGUUGGUUCAUGACAGGUUUAAAUAUCCAGCAAAAUAAAAAGAGAAGUUUCUAAUGUCAAAUUUAACUCUUUUAGUCCACGAAUUUGAUAUGAAAAUCAUUCAAACCAACAGAUAUGGCAGAAGACUUAUAUGUUUGUUUAGUUAAUCUGAGCUUAUAAAUAUGUGUAUAAGCUGAAGUUGCUGGCUGAACUGUAUUGUUUUUAGAUUGAAAAUUUCUUAUGCCUUUUUAGACACUGUAAGGUUUGCAGUCUCUUUAAUUGAAACCUGAGGUCAGGUUAUUUUGUAUUGAUUAUAUCUAAUCCUUAGUAUUUGAAGGCAUGUUAGUUUUUUGGAAAUGCCAUUGCCCUAUUUGGGCUAUUUUCAUAUCUCAGAUUCCUAAUUCAAAUAUUACACUCAACCAUGUUCGAGUGGAGUCCACUAUUUUGUCCCAGUAAAGUUGAUCCGGCUACCAACUGAGCGAGUUUAAGAUUAGGGAUAGAACAGAAAUUACUUGUAAGAAUAAGUUUCUAGUGAGUCAUGACUGUAAAAGUCUUGAGUGGUUUGAGAUUGAAAUUUCUGGUUAUCUUAUGCGAUCAGACUUGCUUAGUCGGAUUGAAACAUGUAAUUCGAUAUCCUUAACAAGGACUCAUCUCGGGUCACACAUAUUUGCUGCUAUGUUUUCAACCAGGUACCCAACUAUGGGAAUAUGUCUCGGCUCAGGUCACAUGAGGAUUAGAAGUGCGGACUGGGUGCAUGUCUGAGGAGUCUGGGGCCCAUGGGAAUUCUCUUUCCAAUUGCCAGGUUGAUGGGAAACCUCUGUUUGUGCCUAGGGGCCAAACGCACACAGCCUGGUGUCCGGGCUCAGCAGCCACCCGCACCAGCAGCAGACAGUCAGGCACAGAGGUGCAGAAUUGUGAACCACUAUUGGGAGCCUCUUCUUGCAAUUUGAAUCCCACUAGCCGUAACUCACUCUCCUUAGUCGUUACUCACAUGGAGCCUCUCUUAGGUUCAUUUUUGACUUGUGUAAGUAGGGACAUGUGUAGAAGGCUUUGACUGUAUAAACUCCAGCGUAAAUCAUUGUAUAGCUGAUGAAACACUUAUAAUUUAAAGGCUUUUUGCCCUCAACUUUUCUCUCAGUACUUGUGUGGUUUGCCUGACGCUUGAGGCCUCAUUGCUUG